GCAUUUUAUCACCCAUUUGUUCCUUUCCGUGUAAUGUCCUGUAAUCACUGCUGUCUGAAAGUGAUUGCCGUCUGAAAAAUUAAUAUGAGGGACAGGUGGGUUCCUCAGCAUUACUUUCAGAAAAACUUCAGACAAGAUUCAUCAAGAACUUACACCUUUUAUGGCCGGUUCUGUCUUCCACAACAAUUUCUGUAAAAACCUUAGCUUUUUUCUGAACUUCUCUUCUGUGAAGCCCAAAUCUUGAUCUACUCGAAAACUUGUUUCCCAAGUUGCAAAACUUUUCUCAUCCAUGGAUACCCUUUUCGAAGGAUUUGAAUACUCCCUUUCCAUGAAUGGCUUUAACUUGAGCCAAGAUUCAACUUCACUUAAUUCAAACCAGAACCCAUCAAAUAAUCCCAGAACCAAAAAUGGAAAUAUUCAACAACCACCGCCUAAAAUUCCAACCAAUCUUCACCAAUCCAACGACUCUUUCAAUUGUACUCUCAAGUUCAUAAGCGAGAUGCUCAUGGAAGAAGAAGAUCUGGAGAGAAAAGCGUUGAUGUUGAAGGACUCUUUGGCCCUCCAAGUUGCUGAAAAGUCCUUCUAUGAUGCGCUUGGCCAGAGUUGUCCCUCUUCCUUUAUGAACCAAACAAACACAGGUAAAUCCGAGUAUGAAUCUGAAUCCUUUCAAACUUCUGUUUCUGGGUCUUCUCUAGAUACCUUUUUGGUUCAUGAUUCAAGUUUCGAAGUACAAUCUGUUGCCAACAAGUUUAGGGGAAAACCCCAGAUCGUUGACUUGAGUAAACUUGGUCAAAAUUCACAACAAAGUGGAAAGAAAUAUCGUCAGAGAGAAUAUGAUUAUGAUGAUGAUCAAGAUUUAGGUAGGAGGAGCUACAAGCAAUCGGCGGUUUACGCCGGUGACGACUCCGAGCCAGCGGAGAUUUUCGACUUAGUUUUACUCAGCGACGACGACAGUGACGAACCGAAUUCGCUUCACAAAUCAGCGCAGAAGCUGCAGCUGAAUGAGCAGGAAAAAGGGUAUGCUAAAACAAGUCAAAGUAUGGAAGAAAUGGCUGGUUUAUGGACACUCUUGAUUCAAUGUUCCCAAUCUGUGGCAAAUUACGAUAGAAGAAAUGCGAAUACUUUUCUCAAGCAGAUAAGGCAACUGUCUUCUCCUUGUGGAGACUCAAUACAAAGAGUGGCUCAUUACUUUGCAAAUGGCCUGGAGGCACGCUUGACUGGUACCAAAAUGCCUUCAUAUUCGGCCCACGUGAAUAAUGAGUUGUCUUCAUCUGAUAUCCUAAAAGCCUACCAGUUAUACAUCACUGCCUGCCCUUUCUUCAGACUGUCAUUCUGUUUCGCCAACAGCACAAUUCGGAAACUGGCACAGCAGGCCACACGGAUUCACAUCAUCGAUUUUGGUAUCCUCUACGGCUUCCAAUGGCCUGGCCUAAUCCAACGCCUUUCGCAGAGACCCGGAGGACCUCCCAAGCUUCGUGUAACCGGCAUUGAGCUUCCUCAACCAGGGUUUAGGCCUGCGGAGAAGAUCGAAGAGACUAAGCGAAGAUUGGCGAGUUACUGCGAUAGAUUCAAUGUCCCUUCUGAGUACAAUGUAAUUGCGCAGAAAUGGGAGACAAUCCGCUACGAGGAUCUGAAAAUCGAACCCGGCGAGAUCGUGGUGGUGAACUGCCUGCACCGUAUGCGGCACGUGCCUGAUGAGACCGUGGUGACGAGCAAUCCGAGAGACAGUGUCUUGAAAUUGAUAAGGAGAAUAAACCCGGAGCUCUUCAUCCAUGGCGUUGUGAACGGGGCAUACAACGCGCCGUGCUUUGGGGCGAGGUUCAAGGAGGCGCUCCUCCAUUUCUCGGGGCUGUUCGACAUGUUUGACACCACGGUGUCUCGCGAGGACGAGUACAGGAGGAAGUUUGAGAAGGCGAUAUACGGAAGGGACAUAGUGAAUGUGGUGGCUUGUGAGGGGUUGGAGAGAGUUGAUCGGCCUGAGCCUUACAAGCAGUGGCAAGCGAGGAACAUAAAGGCAGGGUUUAAGCAAAUCCCGCUUGAUAGGGAGAUCUUUGAGGCAGUGAAGGAGACCGUGAGGUCGAGUUACCAUAAGGAUUUUGUUAUUGAACAAGAUGGCCAGUGGUUGCUGCAAGGCUGGAAAGGACGCCGUAUCUAUGCUCUUUCAUGUUGGAAGGCUGCAUAAAUAAUUAGCCCGGUUGCUUCAUAGAUUUGAAUGGAAAAUUUGAACAUAAAUUCGAAUUUCAUGGAAAAAAAAACUGUAGUAAAAUUGUUUGAAUUGCGAUUCAAACUUUAAACCAAACUGCUUAGGGGUUUGGAUUCAGAGUGAUUCAUUGGGUGGUUUGCUUCUAGAAGAAGAUAUGUAUUUGAGGGUGGAUGACUCCUGUAAAUCUUAAGAGUGAUAUUAGAUAAACCCAUAUUUAUGUUCUUGUUUUCA